AUGUUCUCCAAAUCUCUCCUUCUCAUCACUGCCUUCACGGCAUCAGUCCUCUCUGCUUCUCUCCCAGUGGGUGUCGUUGGAAAACGUAGUACUAGUGCUUCGAGUGCUAUUCCGGAUGUACAGUGGAAAGUGACGGAUUUUACUAGACCAUGCAUAGCAACAAUCUGCACCUACAAUUUCACUAUCAAUGUGAUUCCCACCAGUGGUGCUACUGUCAAGGUCCCCUGCCUCUACAACGACACAUCCAGCACACCCCCCAGCAGCUCCACCCCACAAACCCAUUCCUACUCCUCUCUCUCCUGUAGCAAAACCAGCAAUGACUGGCAGGUAAACUGGGGAUACAACACUGAUGGAGAUUUUGCCGUUAUGACUAUUGUGGAUACAGUUAAGCAACAGGAUGCCUUUUUCGGCUGGAACUCCGUAAUCAGCACCACGAACUUCGAAGAUAAGGGUCCUGAAACUGUUUAUGCAGUUGGCACUUUUAAUUAA